AUGGAUCAAUUACUGUCGGUCUUGAGCCUUCUCGUCUUCGCCGCUCCUGUCACUGCCCAGAGCAACGGGACAGCUACUAUCUCUUAUGUCUUGCCUUCAGGCUACAGUACCUCCAGCUUCAACGCCUCCGCACAGCCCACAGCCUAUACCCGCACUGAUUUCGGACCCAAUGCACUCGCCUCGCUCUGGGACAUGGUGGGCCCUAUCGCUACAGGCCCCGUCACGACUACCGUUGAACCAACAGCAGAGCCAACGGCAUAUCCGCAGCCAGAUCCUCAAUACUAUCACGCUCUUGUAGGAAGCGGAUAUCCCGAGGUACAGGGCUUGAAGCUCCCCGAGAACUUUCAAUGGGGCUUUAGUUCUUCCGCGUAUCAAAUCGAAGGUGCGGUCAAGGAUGAAGGCAGAGGACCCAGUAUUUGGGAUUUGCUGGCACACCGGGUUCCCAACUAUGUAGCCGAUAACACCACUGGCGAUAUCGUUGAUCAACAUUACUAUCUGUAUAAGCAGGAUUUCGCCAGACUAGCAAGUCUAGGAGUCAAAGCCUUCAGCCCUAGCUUUUCAUGGCCGCGCUUUUUCCCCUUUGGACAUGGUCCGGUUAAUGAGGAAGCUAUUGCGCACUACGACGACGUGAUCAGAACCAUGCACGAGAAUGGCAUUCAUCCAGCGGUAACGCUCUUCCACUGGGACACCCCUCUCGCCAUAUUCAAUGAGUACGGUGCCUGGACUGACCGCCGCGUCGUGGAUGACUUCUUCAACUACGCCAAGUUCGUCAUCACACGGUAUGAUGCCUACGUCGACGAGUGGUUCACGAUCAAUGAGCCCCAAUACUGCAAUUGGCAAUACGCCGGGUAUCCGGCAGGUGAAUACUACCCAGCGCCAAAUGGCGUCACAGGCGGCAAUGAAGCCCGCUUCCUUUGCGGCCACCAUACACUGCUAGCGCACGCAAAGGUGUCCAAAUGGUACCAUGAAGAAUUCAAAGGACGCGGCCGCAUGACCUUCAAGAACAGCGGUAACUACUACGAGGCCAACAGCACAAAACCAGAAGACGAAGUUGCACGCCAGCGGAACUUUGACUUUAGCAUUGGCUGGUUCGGUGGACCAUGGACUGACGGUGACUACCCGCAAUCGCUCAAAGACACACUUGGCGACCUCUUGCCCGAGUUCACACAAGAGGAAAAGGACAUGAUCAAAGGAUCGUGCGACUUCUACGCCAUCGAUCCGUACUCCAGUUUCUUAGCUUUUGAGGUUGAUGGCGGGCUCGAGUCAUGCACGAGCAACCGGUCACACCCAUCCUUCCCUGACUGUGCUGGUUCAGCAAGUGUAGCCCCUAAUGGCUUCCCCAUUGGUCCUGCCGCCGACCCGGCCAUGUCGUGGUUCUACUCUGCCCCUGCCGGCGUGCGCCGCUACCUCAAGCACAUUACUCAGGUCCUCUUCCCAUCGAUCCCGGACAUUGUUGUGAGCGAAUUCGGGUUUGCAGAGCCUUUCGAAGGGCAAUGGAACAACCUGAAUUCUGCCCUUUGGGAUUUGAAGAGAGCGGACUACUUCCAGCAAUAUCUAGACAACAUUUUGCUGGCGAUUCAUGUGGACGGCGUCAAUGUGACUGGAGCAUGGGGGUGGUCCAUUCUAGACAACUUCGAGUGGGCGCUUGACCCAGCGUUCGUCCUGGCAGACGAAAUCGCCCCAAACCCUCCCUCCCCAGCCGCCUCCGACCACCCAUCCACCCCGACGUCCCCCGCUUCUUCUUCCCCAGUCAUCUCUGCCCCCUCCAACCAGCCUGCACCCGCCGCCCGAGCCUCCAACCACGCACCCGCUGCCGCUAUCCUGUCAUCCGACCAGACUACAGCCGGAAAGCGCAGGCACAGCUUCUCUGCGAGCGACGACGCCGAAGACGAGCCCCUCACCAGCGGCACCCGGGGCAGCUUAUCCCGCCACAUCUCGAAGCGCAGGCGCAGACAGGAAGGGAAGAUGCGCCUUGAUAACGACACCUCCAAAUCCUCACAAUCGCCCUCGCGCAACUUCGCAAACGGAUCGUCACAGUCGUCGGGGCACAGGUCGCCCCUGGCCAAGGGCGCGAAUGGAAGCACACACGGGAGGAACGAGAGCAAUGGCUCCUAUACGAAUGGAGGACCGGUAGCGAACGGGGGAUCAGUGCCUGCAACUUUCUUUGGCCAUGACAGGGAAGAAGUGACGCGGAUACUGAUACAGAGUCUGACCGACUUGGGCUACCACAGUGCUGCGGGCGCACUAUGCAAGGAGAGCGGCUUCCAGCUCGAAGGGCCCACAGUUGCGGCAUUCCGAACUUCGGUACUGAACGGUGAUUGGGAGGAAGCCGAAGAGCUGCUGUUUGGGUCAAAUACACACCACACCGGUGGUGGUGUUGGUCUAGACGCCCCCUACGGAAGGCCCUGGGGAAAGUCGACAUCACAGCCCAGCUCGCAGCGUUCUACAGGCUUGACUCUAGCCGAGGGCGCAAACCGCGAGGUGAUGCUAUUUUGUCUGAAGCAGCAAAAGUACCUCGAGUUGCUUGAACGGAGAGAUCUGAGCAAGGCACUUGCGGUGCUUCGGCAAGAGUUGACGCCGCUUCAUCGAGAUGUGGGAAGGUUACACGCUCUUUCGGCGCUUAUGAUGUGCCAAUCUGCCGAAGACCUCCGAAAUCAAGCUCAAUGGGACGGCGCUCGCGGUGACUCACGGAUGCAUCUGCUUUCUGAUCUUUCCAAAUCAAUUUCGCCGAGCAUUAUGAUCCCGGAACACAGGCUAGCAGUACUGCUAGAUGAAGUAAAAGAUAGCUGGAUCGCAAAUUGCCUAUACCACAACACCGCCGCGUCACCGUCUCUCUAUCUCGACCACAACUGCGAAAGGGACGACUUCCCAACAAAGGCUGUUCUUGAUUUGAAACACCACACGGGUGAGGUUUGGUACUUGCAGUACUCAAACGACGGCACAAAACUUGCAUCUGCAGGCGAGGACCAGACAAUCAUUAUCUACGAAACCAACACAUACAAGGUGUUACAUCGACUCGCAGAACACAGGAAAUCUGGCGUUGCUCAUCUUGCUUGGAGCCCUGAUGACACAAAGAUAAUAACAUGUUGCUCGCAACCAGAGAACUCAGCACGGAUAUGGGAUGUCAAGACCGGUGUAUGCAUACAAUGUAUCAACGACUUCACCUACCCAUGUACCACGGCGGCUUGGGAUCCGUCCGGUACACGGAUUAUUCUUGGAUCACAGGACGACAACAUGGGCUGUAGUGUUUGGGACCUCGACGGGAACCUCAAGCACAACUUCGCCGAUGAUGGGAAGCUCCGUGUAAACGGCCUCGCAUUGUCAUCCGAUGGCCAGCGAUUAGUCGUCAUUACAGAGAGCGCGAUUGUCGUGUUUGAUUAUGCCACUUAUGAGAGGAUUGCCGAGUUUCAGCUUGAUGGUACAAAGUUGACGAGUGUUACGAUCAGCCAGGAUUCACGGCAUAUGCUCGUUAGCAUAAGCCCGGAUCAGAUCAAGCUCAUGGAAAUCGACACUGGGGAUGUAAUACAACGCUUCGAGGCACAUGCUCAAAAGCAGUUCAUGAUUCGAUCAGCGUUUGGCGGCGCCGAUGAGAACUUUGUAGUCAGCGGCAGCGAGGAUUCACGAAUAUACAUAUGGCGCUCCAAUGGCCUCCUUAUCGAAGCUCUCGACGCACACUCCAACGGCUGCGCCAAUAGCGUAGCGUGGCACCCCAAGGAUCCUACUACAUUCGCUUCUGCUGGCGAUGAUAAACGAAUCAGGAUCUGGAAACCAGCUUCCGCGUCGCCAAUGCCAUCGAGUAGCAGUAACGGUUAUGCAAGGUAG